AUGGGUGCAUUAUUUUCACGUUCAAGAAGCCCGGCGACUGAAUUGGAGCGAAUCUCCCUGCAAAUUGGUGAUUUGAAGCAAAAACUUGAAAAGUUGUCAAAGGUAAUUUUUUUCUUUAAAAAAUUCCGCAAAAAUCAAAUAUUUUAGAAACAAUCAAUAUAUAUUUAUUAUUAUUGUAUGUUAAUUUUUACUUUGGUGACUGUUUCAAUUGCACAUACUUGGUUACGCUAUGAUCAUCCACUUAGGGUAAGUUGUUGCAAAAACGUUUCAAUUUUAAUACAUUUUAAAUGCUUUUGCAGACAUACUAUGUUGGAGCAUUGACAAUUGGAGCAUUUGCACUUUUAUUUGUUGGUAGAUAUAUUAUCAAAUCAUUUUUCCAAUGGAGAACUUCUUCAACUUCGCAGAAAUUGGAACAUACAAUUUCGCAAAAAGGAGUUUUGCUGGAUUUAGUUAAAGAUACGCUCAAAUUCAAAGAAGCUAAAGAAAUCUUGGAUCGUUAUGAUAUUAAAGAAGAUGAUCGAAAUAUGACAAUGAUGAAUCGAAGUGCACCAGCAAGUCCAGUCAUAAAUCGACAAACGAAAGGGGAUUUGAAUAAAACUGUGAUUCAUACACCGAAAAAGGGUAAAUUUUUUGUUUUGAAAAAUUCAGAUUUUUUGAAUGAUGAGAGAUUUAAGAUGCAAACAAACCGGAAUCAGAAUCACCAAUCAAUCCAAAUGCAUCGCUCAAUACAACAGUUCGUUCACCAAAUUUGCCACCAAGAAAUCUGAAUCCAAAUCGCAAUGCAGGACCAAUUCGACCAUAUCUUCGUCAAACUGGAGCUGUUGACAGACUUCUCGAUUAUUUUAUGUCUGAUGGCCCGGGAUGUCGAAACGCACUGAUUUGUUCGAUUUGUCACACUCAUAAUGGUAUGGCAAUUCCAGCUGAAUACCCAUUCAUCUCAUUCAGAUGUUUUGAAUGUGGACACUUCAAUCCAUCAAAAGUUGCUCCGUAAGUCUGAUUUUUUGUAUUUGAAAUAGUUUUGAUUUGUUUGUUUUUCAGGCAAAACAUUCCGAUCCGUUCACCAACAAAUCAAGCAAUCAUUCGACCAACUGUGAUUGCUGACAAGAAAGAAGAAGAGAAAAAUAAAGAAGACAAAUCUGAAAAUGAUGUGAAAAAAGAGGGAGAAACGAGUAAAAAUGUGAGUUUCAGAAAAAAAAUUGAAGAUUUAGAUUUUUAGACGUUUGUGUCGAAGUUUAUUUUCAUCAGGUUUUCAAAAACAAAAUAUUCUGGAAUUUUGUAGACUCCAGCGACAUUUUAUUUUAAUUAAUUCUCGCUGAAAUUCUCGGACCAUUCUAAAUAUCUCUUUCAAACUAUUCAUGUCGUUAGAUUUUCGAAAUGCCCUUCCCUUCAAAAAAUUCUAAUCCCAAGAAAAAAUGAAAUUGAAUAUUUUGAUCCGGGAAACUUCCAUAAAGAUUUACAAUAAUCCAAAUGUUAUUAGGAUAUUGUUUACCCUACUUAAAAAAUGUACGAAUUAUUAUUUUUGUUAUUUGAUGUCACUAAACUGAAAUUAUAAAUAAUCUCAAAUGUACAAUUUCACUUUUCUAUAAUAAUCUAAAUCUUUUUCAGAAGGAUCAAAGCGAUUGA